AUGGCCGAGGAUACCCCUGCUGCCUCGGCGCCCGCCCCCGACGCCGGUGAGUCGUCCGUCGAACGCGCUCCCGCUGAUGCCCAGCCCGCUGUUGCUGAGUCUGCGCAAGAGCCUUCCAAGGAGAAGGAAGAGCAGCAGACCAAUGGUCCUGAGGACAAGCCAUCUGCGACCGAAACUGCCACUGAAGAGGAGAAGAAAGAGCCCGCCUCAGCAGAGGCCGAGGAAUCGAGCGCACCCGCCGAGUCUGCCGACGCGAAGAAGUCCGAUGAGAGUGCGGCCGCGCCUGCAGAGCCCGAAGCCGCACCAGCAUCGGAGGCCAACGGAACACCCGCAUCCGCUAAGAAGUCUGGCGCCGCGAAGCGGAAAUCGACUGGCACCGUGCCCGAGCACAAGUCUAAGCUGAGCAGAAAGAAGUCCCAGAUCCGUACCACACAUUUGAACGCACAGCCCGGCGAGUACUACCUGGCGCGUCUCAGGAGUUUUCCCCCAUGGCCUUCCAUCAUCUGCGACGAGGAAAUGCUCCCGCAGACUCUAUUGAACACGCGUCCCGUGACGGCUCAGCGCCCCGACGGAACCUACAGGGAGGACUACGCCGAUGGCGGCAAACGCGCUCACGAGCGGACCUUCCCCGUUAUGUUCUUUGAGACGAACGAAUUCGCGUGGAUCCCCAACACCGAUCUGACCCCUAUCGAUGCUGCUGGCUGCAAGGAGGUGUCGGAGAAGGGCAAGUCGAAAACUCUCUUGGCUGCGUAUGCUGUGGGUGCCGAGGGCCAUGACCUUCAGCACUUCAAGGACCUGCUGGCAGAUCACCAGCGUGCCCUGGAGCAGGAGAUCGAAGAAAGGGAGGCCCAGGCAGCUGCCAAGGCCGCCGCCAAGGCUGAGCGCGAGGCCAAGAAGAACAAGCGCAAGAGCAUGGACGUGGUCGAUGACGAAGAUGUCGACAUGGACGAUGCUGAUGAGGAGACGAAGAAGCCCAAGAGCACCAAGAAGCGCAAGAAGGACAACGACUCUGAGGCCCAGAGCGAGGAGAAGACCCCUAAAACCACCACGAAAUUGAAGUUGACUACCCCCAAGACUCCGGCCAGUGAAUCUGGAAAGAAGGCCCCUGCUUCCAAGGGCAAGCAGACCGCAAGCAGCAAGAAGGCCGCUAAGGCUGCUGCUAGUGAUGAUGGAGAGGAGUCUCGCGCGGAAUCCAAGGAGCCCGAGAAGAAGUUGACUCAGGAGGAAGCCAAGGACAAGAAGGAGAAAGAAAUCCUCUUUAUCCGUCACAAGCUUCAGAAGGGAUUCAUUUCUCGCGACCAGCCACCCAAGGAGGAAGAAAUGACUCAAAUGUCCAACUUCUUCGGCAAACUUGAGAAGCACGCGGACCUUGAAGUCUCCAUUAUCCGUGCCACGAAGAUCAACAAGGUCUUGAAGAUGAUCGUCAAGCUCAGCUCUAUCCCUCGCGACGAGGAAUUCCAGUUCCGGGCCCGUGCGAUGAGCAUUCUGUCCAAGUGGAAGAACUUGCUGGAUGCGGAUGCCACCGGACCCUCGGAUGACAAGGAGAAGGGAGACAAGCCCAAGGCCAACGGUGUCCACAAGGAGAGCAGCGUUGAGACGCCGGCUAAGGGCGAUACCGAGAACGAGAAGGAGGAUGAUACCAAGGAGAGCAAGGCUGACACUGCGGAGCCGCAGGAUGAGCCGAUGCCCGAUGCCGAUGCAGCAGAGAAGCCACAGGCCCCUGAGCCGGCUACGGAGGAGACUGAGAAGGAAGCUCCCAAGACCGAAGAGGCUACGACGGAGAAGGCAGCGGAGGAGAAGUCCAGCGAAGAGAAGCCAACCGAGGGCAAGGCGACGGAGGAAAAGGCCGAUGCUGAAAAGACAGAGGAGAAGGCUGAUAAUGAGAAGACGGAAGAGAAGCCGGUGGAGACGGCAGCAUAA